UGUUAUUUGCGCAUGCGCGGGUGACUGUGUCGUAAAUCGCAACGUAGCAGUGCAGUCUUUAAGUCUGCAUUUAUUAUUUUGUUCCUUGUUUAUUCCCCAAGUGCACGAAAACUAAACUUUAUUAGGUCUCCGUGACAGUAUUAACUGAACUUGUCUCAGUGAACUUUGAAGCGUCUCUUCUCAGGUUGAGCUUGCUAGCUAGCUUAGCUGACUAGUUAGCUUAGCAUGUUAGCGGCUAACAAAGAGGCGUUGAAGUGAUCAAGACAUCGCUGAGAAGAGAUCAAGUACAACUGUGAAGAACAUCCUUUCCCUGAGAAACAGAAGUGGAACUUCAGGAUGGUGAAGGAGGAGCCACAGACCUCCCACAUUAAGGAGGAAGACGAUGCGCAACAGUCUCUGCACAUUAAGAAGGAAGAGGAGUACCCAAUGACCCUCCAUUUUAAAGUGGAAAAGGAGUACCCAGAGGCCCCCCAUAUUAAAGAGGAAGAGGAGGAACAUAGUAUCAGUCAGGAGGGAGAGCAUCUUGAAUGUUUGGAGGAAUUCCCAGUGAUUGGUGUGAUUGUGAAGAGUGAAGAUGAUGAGGUCGAAGAUGAAAGUGAGGAGAAGAGAGAGGCGGAGCCUCCAAGCAGCAGCUCAACUCAACACAUGACAACAGAAGCUGAUGGAGACCAUUGUGGAGGAUCACAAGCAGACAAGAUCUUAGCUCCACUAUCAGAUAGUGACGACACGUCUCACUCUUCUGACACUGAUGAUGAAACUUCAAAAGAUGAUAAGACAUGUCACACUGACAACACACACUUGACAUGUUCUCACUGUGACAAAACCUUUAAUCACCAUUGUCAUCUAAAAGUACACAUGAGAACACACACUGGAGAGAAACCAUUUUCCUGCUCAGAAUGUGGUAAAGGUUUUGUACAAAGUGGUGAUUUGAAAGUACACAUGAGAAUACACACGGGAGAAAAACCCUUUUCCUGUUUAAUCUGCGGUAAAUAUUUUACCCGAAGGCAACAUUUGCAAAUACACAUGGUAAAACACACUGGGGAAAAAUCUUUUUCAUGUUCAUCAUGUGGUAAAUGUUUCAUACAAAGCAGUGGGUUGAAAGUACACAUGAGAACACACACUGGAGAAAAACCGUUCAUGUGCUCAAUUUGUAGUAAAAGAUUCACACAGAAAGCAAGUUUGAUCAUGCACACAAGAUUACACACUGGUGAAAAACCUUAUAUAUGUUCAGUAUGUGGUAAAGGUUUUGCACAAAAUCAGGCUUUGAAAGCACACAUGAGACAAAACAUUCAUGUCACUGUUUUAACUACACAUGAGAAGACCCACAGGUGAGAAAGUGUAGAGUUGCAGUGUGUGUGGUGAAAGAUUCUCUUCUAAGUACCAGUGUAAGAAACACAAGUGUGCUGGUGAGAACAGCAGCAACAAAUGAAGCUGCAAGAUUUGAAAUAAACUGUCAAGUCUUUAACUUUUUAACAACAUUAGCAGAUAGAACAUCUGUGACGUCAUUGCUGUGUGUAUAACACGAUCUUUCUAAGA